AUGGACAAUACCAGAAUGGGCUCCUAUCUGGAGUAUGCAAUUUGUAACCGUGGGACGAGCGCCUACUCACCCAGAGGAUACCAUCACCUAGACCAAGGAAACCCAUCUUUUCCAGCUUGCCCGGGUACCAGUGACAGUUAUAAUGGAGAUGGAAGAUUUGUGGUUGGAGGGUCUGGAACCAUCCCUAACCAUCUCCAUCAGCAGACCCACACGUAUUCCCACCACCACCCUUCUAGCUCUGCUUUCCCCUAUGCCAGCUCCAUACCCUCCUAUACACCUCAGGCUUGCAAUCAAGGAUAUGGGCACCAGGUCUAUCUAAAUCAAGAAUCAGAUGGAGUUUAUUUUCAGCAGUCUCAGUAUUCUGCCAACACUGGACCUAGCAGCAGCCCUUUGUCUGAAGGCUACUGUGGAGGGGUGCCGGCACCUUCUCUUUAUCACCAGCAACCCUAUGGGCAGGAACAUCAAGGGUUAUUACAUGGAUACCCCAACCAAACCCCUGCCAUGCAAGAGGAGAAGGACUUCUCAUGCCCACCUGAGCAGACACUCUCCAACACGUUUGACUGGAUGAAAGUGAAAAGAAACCCACCAAAGACUAGUAAGUACUAGUGCUUCCCUCCUCCUCCCCCUCUCCAGCAAUGAGUUAUUGCGUUUACUAAAGUCAGGCCUUAAGUUCACAAUAUUUAUCUAAAUUGUGGGGGCAGAUCAUUAAUAAACCAUUAAUCUUCUCUGAUAGCUUAUAGCCCAUCACAUGCUCAAAGCAGUCUAAAUGGUCAAUUUAUACCAAAACAAACCACUCAUUUCUACAUGCCAACAUGAACAUGCAAAUCACCCAUGGGCAUAUAUUUUUACAACUAGAAUCGUGUCUAAAGUUGUUAAACAGUGCAGGGUUGCAGCAUUUAAUUAUAAUAACGCUAUUGGAACUGAAUGGUAGCUAAAGGGUCUGUAUUGGGAGCAAUCGCUGUAAAACAUUGCAACAUUGAGAUAUUAAUAAGUUGCAGGAGUGUGAUGUGGUUCAACCGCAUUCAAUGCACCUUUCUCGCAUUAAAGAAUGUUACUCUUUUGAUUGUUAUAACUGUGUCAUUUUCCAACAAGUCACAUAAAAAUAAUUAAAAAAAACCGUAUUCACUUGGCAAAUUAGGGACUUGGUUGACGUUGGUUAUUUUUCUUUACAAGAAAGAACGAUCUAAAACCAUAUGAAUACAGUUUGUAGGGAGGAUAAAGUUCCAAACAGUUAUUUAUAGUUUUAUUAAUCACAUCCUUUUAUAACAUAGGAAGCCAAUGAGUUAGGUUAAUUACAUAUGAUAUUAUUUGGUGUUAAAUCAGCAUUAUUUGGUAUAAAACUCAUGAGUAUUUAGAUGGGAUGUGAGGUAUAGGAGUUUGUACUGAACUGAAUUUAAUCAAAUAGAUUUUAGUAAUAUGUCAAAUAAUUAUGUUUUUUUUUAAAUGUAUUUUUUAAACAUUUUACAAUUGUAUAAACUUUUUUUGUGUAAAUCUUUAUUUUUAAAAUGUGUUGUCUCAUUUUCCAAACAGCUAAACCAUCGGAUUAUGGGCUAAAUACCCAGCAAAACAGCAUCAGAACCAAUUUCACCACCAAACAGUUAACUGAACUGGAGAAAGAGUUCCACUUUAACAAGUACCUGACUAGAGCCAGGCGUGUGGAGAUAGCGGCCACUCUAGAACUCAACGAGACCCAAGUAAAGAUCUGGUUCCAGAACCGCAGGAUGAAACAGAAGAAGAGAGAAAAGGAAGGACUGGCUCCAUGUAUCAUACAGGGAUCAACGAAGGAGAACAGUGAGAUAUCAGACCUUUCCAGUUCUACUUCACCAGAUGCUUCUCCAAAUUCAGUCUAG